CUGGCGAUUAUAGUAACAGAAGGUCUGGCUAAUUAGUUCCACUCUGUGUUUGCCUAAAGAAGAUUCUAACUGGGAUGGAAUUAGCAGCCUGCACCAUUGGCAAAUUAAGACAGGUUAGAAACAGGAGCAGAUUGUACACAGUAACAGGGAAGACACAUCAUCCUAUUAGCUCUGUCUCAACAGUGAGCAGACAAAUCCCUCUCUGCAGUAUGGACGCUCCCCCUGCACAACUUACAGACAUUCCUUUAUCUGUUAAUAAACUGAACAAUGGGCAGCAACAAAAACCAGCCACCCGGAACCACAACGCCCAACGGAAAUCAAAGUAUCUCACAGUCCCUUAUCAGGGGAACGUCAAUGGUGCUUUCGAUCCAUCUUGUUGCAUUGACGGCCAUCAUAACUCGGUUGUUAACAAUUACAUAGAUGGAAACCAGCCAAUCAGACAGAGUGGAAUGCAUUUUGGGGAUGGGAAAAGAAAAGUGGACUAUGUCCUGGCCUACCACUACAGGCACCGUUCUGCCCAACAUAAUGACUCGCCCACAAAUCACAGGCCCCCGGCAGUUAUUGUUUCCAAUGGGAAUUCAGUGACCCCGGAAGAAGUUGUCAAAACUCCUCCAGAACAGCUACUUCCAGGGGAAUCACAUAAUCACCAACAGAAACUGAAAGAUCAGAGCAACCGAAAGGAACAAAACCAAGACCACCAACAGGCUGUUAAUGGGAAUUCAUCAUGCCAUCCACACGAGGUGGUUGUGGUAGAAAUGAACCACCAUGAUGCUCUUGAAGAAGAAAAGAAGUGUCAACGGGAGGAGUUUGAGCUUAAUCUUAUUGAAGCAGGACUGGAGUUGGAAAAAGAUCCUGAGAGUAAGAAUCAGGGUCUUAAUUUUGUGAGGAUCCACGCGCCCUGGCAUGUGCUAAGUCGUGAAGCCGAAUUCCUUAAAAUUAAGGUGCCCACAAAAAAGAUGUAUGAAGUAAAACAAGAAAGCGGUGUCCUGGCAAAGCUUAAUGGUGUAUGGAACAAAUGUACGAAACCUUUACAACCCAAGGUGCCACAUUUAAGUGAAAAUACAAAGAUGAAGCAUUUGUCCUAUCCCUUCUCCAGAGACAAAAUGCAUCUGUUCAACAUUAAAGACAAAGACACAUUUUUUGACAACACAACACGCAGCCGAAUAGUACAUGAGAUAUUAAAGCGAACGUCUUGUACAAAGGCCAAAUACAGUAUGGGUAUUACCACAUUGUUAGCGAAUAAUGUCUACGACUCAGCGUUUCCUCUACACGAUGGACCUCAUGUUCAUAAGAGUGGGGAAAUGAAUGAGAGGAUGUUGUUAUACCAAGAAUGGGCAAGAUAUGGUGCAUUUUACAAAUAUCAACCUAUCGAUCUAAUCAGAAAAUAUUUUGGAGAAAAAAUUGGAUUAUAUUUUGCCUGGCUUGGUCUAUAUACAUGGCUACUCAUCCCCUCCUCAUUAGUUGGGAUAAUAGUGUUUCUGUAUGGAUGUGUAACCGUUGACACUGAUGUUCCUAGCAAAGAAAUGUGUGAUGAUGCCCAAGCCUUCACCAUGUGCCCGUUGUGUGACAAGUCCUGCGGCUACUGGAAUCUAAGCUCUGCCUGUGGAACAGCUCGUGCAAGUCACUUGUUCGACAACCCAGCCACCGUCUUCUUCUCUGUCUUCAUGGCUCUUUGGGCUACCUUAUUUCUGGAACACUGGAAACGCUUACAAAUGAAGUUAAGCUAUUUUUGGGAUCUUACAGGCUUGGAAGAGGAAGAAGAACAUCCAAGGCCGGAAUAUGAAACCAAAUUGCUUUUAAUGAAAGAAAAGUGUAAAAAUGGGAAGAAGGAGAAAUUAAUUUGGAGAGAUCGUAUUCCUGCAUAUUUAGUUAAUUUUGCUUCAAUUUUAUUUAUGAUUACGCUCACAUUUUCGGCAGUGUUUGGCGUUAUGAUUUAUCGGAUCACAAUUGCAGCAGCCUUGUCACUUAGUUCAAAUGAGAACAUAAGAGCGAAUGUCCGUGUUACGGUGACAGCGACUGCGGUUAUUAUCAACCUAGUUGUGGUACUUAUACUGGAUGAGAUUUAUGGCUCUGUCGCAAAAUGGCUCACCGAAAUAGAGGUACCUAAAACUGAAAAGACCUUUGAAGAGCGGCUGAUCCUCAAGGCAUUCCUUCUGAAGUUUGUGAACUCCUACGCCUCAAUAUUCUAUGUGGCCUUUUUUAAAGGACGGUUUGUUGGCAGGCCUGGCAGUUAUGUGUAUAUUUUCCAUGACUACAGAGUUGAAGAAUGUGCGCCAGGUGGAUGUUUGAUGGAGUUAUGUAUCCAGCUUAGUAUCAUUAUGCUGGGGAAGCAGCUGAUACAGAACAACUUGUUUGAGAUUGCAAUUCCAAAGCUUAAAAAAUUGUUCCGGAAGCUUAAAGACGAUAGAGCAAAGCCUGACGAGGACAACCUGAACAAUUCCAGAGAACCUCAACAAUGGGACCAAGACUACACUCUAGAACCUUUUACUGGCCUGACACCGGAAUACAUGGAGAUGAUCAUCCAGUUUGGGUUUGUCACCCUGUUUGUGGCAUCUUUUCCUCUGGCGCCCCUAUUUGCUCUUCUCAACAACAUUAUAGAAGUAAGACUUGAUGCGAGAAAGUUUGUGGCAGAGUUAAGAAGACCGGAUGCUGUCCGAGCUAAAGAUAUAGGAAUUUGGUACAAUAUUUUGAGCGGAAUUGGUAAAUUUUCAGUCAUUAUAAAUGCAUUUGUUAUAGCUGUCACAUCAGACUUCAUCCCACGUCUUGUGUAUCAGUAUAUGUACAGUCAGAACGGAACCAUGCAUGGCUUCAUCAAUCAUACCCUCUCAUACUUCAAUGUCAGCCACCUAAAGCCCGGGACUCAGCCACAAAACUCACAGUUUGCACAGGAUGUAGUUUUCUGCAGAUAUAAAGAUUACCGUGAGCCUCCAUGGUCCCUAAAUCCGUAUGAUUUUUCCAAACAGUACUGGACAGUCCUCGCUGUGCGACUGGCUUUCGUAAUUCUAUUCCAGAAUCUGGUGAUGUUUUUAAGUGCCGUGGUGGACUGGCUGAUUCCAGAUAUUCCAAAAGACAUAAGUGAACAAAUCAAAAAGGAAAAAAGCAUAAUUGUCAACGUCUUCUUAAACGAAGAGCACAAAAAACUCCAACUCAUAGAAAACUUUAUCAUGCACGACAAGCAGCGAGGCAAGACAGAAAACAGGGGACGGAGGAGUCGGGCGGCGAGCUUCUGCCAGUUCAACCGCAGUCAACGUGGCAGCUUUACAUCAUUCAGCUCACACCACACGGACGUGUGAUCCUAUUUGAGCCUAGUAGACAUGCAAUGAAAAAAAACCAAUACAUGUACAAGCAUAUGAUGUUGAAAUUGGAGACGGAAGGACAUAUGGAAUGAUAGAGUGGGAUAGAGAGAGAGAGAGAAAAAUCCCUAAAGUUUUCUCGUAAACGUCUCCAAACCGUCAUAGGCAGGCUUUGUAAUAUUUAAAGAAUCGUCUGGUGCAAAAUACGGCACAGACAGGCUUUAAGCACAACUCAGUGCUAUGUAUCUCCUGCUGCUCAGUUACUGUAAUGUUUGUGGCUACCAAAGAGCUGAAUAAUCUGCAUGGAGUAGGGAGCAAAGUUAAGAUCACAAGUUUUUUUAAUUUUUUUUUUUUUUUAAAUAGUACUAGCCAAGCUCAUGUUUUUUUUUUUUUUUUAUGAGCGAACUUCUUUAAAUUGUGUGAGAAUAUUUCCUGUACACUGUACGUUAAAGAGAAUCCUGCUGCUGUGCUUUUUAAAUGGAGAGGAUGUAAGCAUUUCCAUUCUUGUCUGAAUAUAUCACCAAUUCACACAAUAAGUAGAUGUUGCACUCAGAUGCAUAUUUUUAUGUAAACCGAUUAACAGUAAAAAAUAAAUAAAAAAAAAUCUAUAUAUUUUAAAAGAAGCUGCUGAACUUAAUGAAACAAAUGGGGUGUAUAUCGUUUUGUAAAGUUCCUAUAAUGUUGCUAUGUCAUUCCGAUGACACGGAAGAGGGCCCCUCCUAGUGACGUCUUUGUUUCGGACAGCUUUUGUGAAUGUAUCGUGAGAAGAAUCGCAACCUCAGGGCUAAUUUUAUAUUAUUUGUUCAGAAGAUGAUCUAUCAAAGGGACUUUUGAUUUGUGAACAAAAAAUGAUUUACUCAUGUCCAACAACAAAUUGUAACCGACAUUGCAAGGGUUUCUGGGAUCAAUGAAACACAUAAAGGGAUGUAUGAUGAGAACUGAUAAUAAACUAUUUUUUUCUUCA